AUAAGACGACUAUACCAGCAGGAAUAAACUUUUUCAUGUGCCUUCAUGAGCUUCAUCACGAUCCAAAGUACUGGCAGAGACCCGGGGAGUUUUAUCCAGAGCACUUUUCACCAGCCAAUGAAAAAUCCAGACCUAAAGGCGCAUUCAUUCCAUUCAUGAGUGGACCCAGAGUCUGUCCAGGAAACAAGUAUGCAAUGCGGUCAAUGAAAUUCCUGAUCGCAAGCACUUUGCUGAGGUACAAGUUCUCGACUGACGAAAAACCGCCAAAAGAUCUCAGAGAGAUGGAUUAUCGUUUGGUAUUCAUGCUUUUUCCUUCUUCUGGAUUCCGAGUGAAAAUCCAGCAAAGGUGAUAGAAGUUCGCUUUACCUGCCUCGCAAAAUAAGCUUCAUUUAUAGACAUUAGGAAGAAACUUAAUUUAUUCUUAGCGAGAGUAAGUGCAACAUGAUCAAACAUGGACUAAAAUCAAUGCAGUUCACAAAAAUGAAUUGUGUUUAGUGUAGAAAAAGCGAGUCACAUCAAGUUAGAACCGAAAGAAACAAAAGGUCAUACGUUCCAUUCCUCUGACCUCUAAAUAAAUAAUUUGACUUCUCUUAAAUUCAACUCAAUAUUUCCUCAACUUCGAUUUUGUUCCCGAGAGAAAAUUUCCAGCUAGUUGAGCUUUCAGAAUUACACUAAACUUUAUUUGCCGAUAUUUGAUUCGGUACUAGCCUGUUUA